AUGGAUGAUAGUAAUAAUAAUAUAUUUGACGUUCUUGAAUCGCCAUCGUCAACAAAAACAUUGAAAAUAACUUCAACAUCAACAAGUGUACUAUCUAUGCGUCGUUCUCAUCUUCCAUUGAUGAAUGCUGGGAAUGGUUUGUAUUCAUCUGCAACUUCUACUACAAAUACAUCUUCAUUAUCAAAUGAACCUCAGCGAAAAAAACGAAAAGAUCGAGCUCUUCAAGAUCUUGGAUUUGUAAAUCCAGGUCCAAAAAAUUUAGUUAAUGUUGCUAAUGUGCCAUCAAGACGUUUAAAAACUCGACAAUCAUCAGCACAAGAAAAACCAAGUUCAAGUAAACCAAUAUAUGAUAAAUCAGGACUUCUUCUCUCUGAUGGAACAGAUCGAUGUGAUUGUAACCAUUUAACAUGUCCUGGCUGUUUCUUACCUUGUACAUCUUGUCAUUCAUCCAAAUGUGGUCUCGAAUGUCGUAAUCUUCGAACUUAUACAUAUGAAUAUCGUUUGUUUGGUACAAAUAAAGAAAUAGUUCCAUAA